GCGCACAGAGUGAGUCAUAUAGGGCCAGUCCUGCCCGCGGUGUGUGCCCUGCUCCUGCUCUCCUGUGAGGACGCGCAAAAGGAGCAACAGGCGGACGGAGCGAAGUCCGCCGAGUCCCGGAAAACAAACCCGCGGCCGUCGGUCAAGUUGAUGAGAAAAGAGGGGCGAGUCCUGUCCGGGUCGACAUGGAGCUACUUCGGCUUUCCGCUUUUUGGUGGGGAGCGAUACUCUUUGGCAGUUUUCUGCCCGAGGCGGCGGAUGCCUAUAUCAUGAAGCAAAGGCGGCUCUGCAAGUUUUGCGAUGUGCAGCCCACCAACUGCACGGGGAAGUGGAGCUGCCCGGUGGAGUGUGGCAUCACUUCUAUCUGCCCCCACGAAGACGACGUGUGUGUCAGCAUUUGGAGAAAGAAAGAUGACAAUGUCACCUUUGAUACCGUGUGCCACAACCCGGCUCAGAAGCUGUACGGCCUGGUCCUGGACGACUACAACAGCACCAAGUGCGAAAUGAAGGAGAGAAAGGGCAUGGGCUCCGAGUUCUUCAUCUGUUCCUGUGACGAGGAUGAGUGCAACCAGCAGGUCAUCUUUAAUGCAAACAUGUACUCCCAGGUGAUGUCUGUGGUCUUGGUCAGCCUGGUGCCUCUGGUGGUUUUGGCGGUGGUGGUCAUCACCUCCUUCUACGUCUAUCGGGUCUACCGCCAGCGCCAGGCCCACUCCAAACGUAAGAAGGGUCCUCCGCUGGACUUCAGCGACGCUCGCGCCAUCAUCAUCGACGAGGAGAACUCCGACAGCAGCUCCACGCACGCCAACAACCUCAACCACAACACCGAGCUGCUGCCCAUCGAGCUGGACGCCCUGGUCGGAAAAGGCCGCUUCGCCGAGGUCUACAAGGCCAAGCUGAAGCAGCCCUGCUCCCCGGCCAGUGAGGAGCAGGGCUUUGAGACGGUCGCCGUCAAAAUCUUCUCCUACGAGGAGUACGCCUCCUGGAAGAACGAGAAGGAGAUUUUCUCCGACGCCGACCUGAGACACGAGAACGUGCUCCACUUCCUGACCGCAGAGGAGAGGAAGGUGCCGAGACAGUACUGGUUGAUCACCGCCUACCAGCCGCUGGGAAACCUCCAAGAGUACCUGAUCCACCACAUCAUCACCUGGCAGGACCUGUGGCUGCUGGGCAGCUCGUUGGCCCACGGGGUGGCGCACCUCCACAGUGACCACACCGCCUGCCGCCGGUACAAGGUGCCCAUCGCCCACAGAGACAUUAAGAGCUCCAACAUACUGGUGAAAAAGGACUUGACCUGCUGCCUUUGUGACUUUGGCCUCGCGCUCCGGCUGGACAACUCUCUGUCUGUGGAUGAGCUGGCCAACAGUGGGCAGGUGGGCACGGCCAGAUACAUGGCUCCUGAGGUGCUGGAGUCCAGGAUCAAUCUUGAAAACAUCGAGUCUUUUAAACAAGCUGAUGUUUAUUCCAUGGCUCUGGUUCUGUGGGAGAUCAUCUCCAGGUGCAGUGCAAUCGGAGAGGUGAAAGAGUACGAGCCCCCGUUUGGGAACCUGAGGGAACACCCUUGUGUGGAAAGCAUGAAGGACAGCGUUCUCCGAGACCGAGGGAGGCCUGAAAUCCCCAACAGCUGGACCAGUCACACAGGGAUCCAGACGAUCUGCGCCUCCAUAGAGGAGUGCUGGGACCACGACCCCGAGGCCCGCCUCACUGCCCAGUGCGUGGCCGAGCGCUUCAACGACAUGGACUACCUGGACAAGCUGUCAGACUGCUCCGACUCGGAGGAGAAGAUCCCAGAGGAAAUCAUCGUGGUGGACGAAAAGUAGAUGCUCUUUUGAAACACUGCCCCCCACCGGGGAGGGCUGAGGAACUACACCCACGCAGCUUGGAUGGGACAGAAUUCAAGAGGAAGAAUCCUGUUUGAUUCUCCACAGAUUUGUUACAGAGGAGCAAACUGGAAGAUGGGCAUAUAUAUCAAGUAUCAGAAUCAAUUUAUGGACAAACAAGGGAGAUUGCAUCUUAAUGAUCAUUUUUUAACCAAAUACACUAUUUGCACUUUAUGAAUAACUAUGCACACCAAAUUAUAUAUCCGUCAUUUCUUUGUUUUAAGGGGGGCACAAAAAGGGACCGGUGCGAAAAUAUUACAACAUUUAAUGACACUAAUAUUCCCCUUGUUGCAUAUUCAGGGACCUACUUUAUUUUCGGAUGUAGCCAGAUGGUGUUGGCCGAAUAUCAAAGGGGUGAAGAGACACAUGAUUGAGGAUGUGAGGAGAAUCUCCAGGCAUGAAAUUGAAAUGACUAUUAUGACCUAGUUGCAACAUGAAAUGGACACUGAACGCAUGUGUUCAGGAAAGUACAGGAUUUGUCGUAAGAAAAGUAACUGAAGUUGAAAGUUUAGACGUUGACUUUUUUUUGUAAAAAGGAACCAAGGGUGCUCAUCUCCUCUGAAAGCCACACCAGAUGGGCCUUUUACCCAGCUGCAACCAAAGAAGCCAAGUCGGACAGCAAAGUUCCUGCUCAACUCAAAGUGUCCCACUGCAGUGCAGCAAGGAUGCAGAUGUUCCCGACCCACUCGCAAAGAGAUAAACCUUUAAUCAGAAAGGAAUAGGAACUGUAAAGGAAUAUCAGCUGCCUAAUAAUAUAUACAGUAUACAUAUGCUUAUGGGUGUGUAUAAGUGUGUGUGUGUGUGUGUGU